GAUACAUGGUUGCCCAGAGCUGGAGGAUUAGGGGCAACCAGCUGAUUUUAACUGAAAGAUCUGUUUUUCCCCCUUUCUUACUCAUUUUGUGGGAAAAAACACAAAGGAAGAAGCAGGGACACUGGAUAGAAGAGAGGAACAGGGACCAUGGAGAGUGUAAGAGUGAGAGAGAGAGAGGGUGAGAGAGGGAGAGGAGAAGGGAGGCAGAGUAGGAAAUAGAAGCAGUCCAGUGCUGCAGAAUGGGGUAAAACCAAGAGGCACAAUCAAACAGAGGUUUUGCCCUCAUUCUCCUAAAACCAUGGGUGACAUGAAAACCCCAGACUUUGAUGACCUGCUUGCGGCCUUUGAUAUUCCUGAUAUGGUCGAUCCCAAGGCUGCUAUUGAGUCUGGCCAUGAUGACCAUGAGGGACAGAUCAAACACAGUGUCCAUCAUGAAGAGGACUCCCAUGUCUCCUCUGGUCCAGAUGUUGGGGUUAGUGUCAUAGUUAAGAAUGUCAGAAAUUUUGAUGCCAGUGAACAUGCACUUUCAGAAAAGAAUGUCCACCCCACUGUCAGAAAUGGAGUGCACAAUGGUUCCUUGCCCAUGUCACCCAAUAACAGAUACAAAAAAGAGAGCGACAAGCUCCAAAAAAGUGAAAUUCAUGGGAUGGCAGGAAAUAUUGCAACAUUCAACCAGUUUAGUCCCAUCUCUAGUGCUGAGGAGUUUGACGAUGAUGACAAGAUCGAAGUAGAUGACCCCGCAGACCAACAAAUUAAGUUACCUUUUAUACCGAACCCUUUAAGUGGUCUAAGAUCGAAGCAUGAAGAGCACUCCAAGCCUGUAAUGGCAGAUGGUCCAUCAAAGCCUAAAGCGAAUGGCAACCACAAUCAUUUGAAAGUUGAAAAUAUUAAUCCCAAUGGUCACUCAAAUGUACAUGACUCUCAAAAACUAAGAAAAACUGAGGAGCAGCCCAAAGAAUUAUCCAGGUCCCAAGACGCUAAAGAGCAAAGAGAACACGUUAUUGGGUUGAGCACAACCAACCUUUCCCAAUCCAAGGCCAAAUCAUCUUCAAAACUCUCAUCCUGUAUUGCUGCAAUUGCUGCUCUCAGUGCGAAGAAAGCUAGCAUAAAAGCAACAUUUCCAAAGACCCUUUCCACACCUCAAGAUUCACCCAGAGAAGCUAAAGAGAUCCCCAAAGUUACAGAGAAACUUCCAGAACAGGAGUCAUCUCUGGAGCUUCCCAAGAAGGUGCUCUCAAAACAGCCAGAGAGCCCUUGCAGUAUUACAAGUGAAAGCAGCAGCAAAGGGUCUCCUUCAUCUCCAGCGGGAUCCAUCCCAGUCAUUCCCAAAGUCCGCAUAAAAACCAUCAAGACUUCUUCAGGACAGAUCAAGAGGACAGUGACCAGAGUGCUGCCAGAGUUUGAUCCUGAAGGCUUGAGGAAAGGUAUCGAUUCUCCAUCAAAUUUUGUUUCAUCACUGCUGUCCUCAUCAACCUUGCCUUCAGUCUUCUCAACUUCCACCAGAACAGCUGUACCCACCACCGUAGUAGCAACUUCUGCUGGCUCUGCUAUUGAGGUAACGAAACAAAUGACCAUUAAGCCGUUGGCCACUGCCUUCUUACCUGUCUCAGCUGUUAAGACGGCAGGCUCCCAGGUAAUUAACUUGAAACUUUCCAAUAAUACAACUGUGAAAGCCACAGUCAUACCGGCGGCAUCCGUUCAGAGUGCUAGCAGUGCCAUCCUCAAAGCUGCUAAUGCCAUUCAGCAACAAACUGUCAUGGUGCCUGCUUCCAGCCUAACAAGCCUAACCAACACCAAACUUGUGCCAAAGACUGUUCACCUCACCAACUUGAAUCUUCUGCCCCAGAAUGCAUCAACAGCCGAGCUCCACCAGGUACUGACCAAGACCCAGCAACCCAUCAAGAAAGCCCUGUUGGCCCAAAAACAACAGAAGAAAGUGUCCCGUGUCCAGGUUUUAACCAGCUCCCAGAGCUCUGUGGUAGAGGCCUUCAACAAAGUUUUAAGUGGCAUUAACCCUGUGCCAGUUUAUGUACCCAACCUCAGCCCUCCCACUUCAGCAUGUAUAUCUUUACCGCCCCGUGGAUACAAAUGCUUGGAAUGUGGUGAUUCUUUUGCCUUGGAAAAAAGCCUCACUCAGCAUUACGACCGUAGAAGUGUCCGCAUUGAGGUCACUUGCAACCACUGUGUCAAGAAUCUGGCCUUCUACAACAAGUGCAGCCUUUUGUCUCAUGCCAGAAGCCACAAAGACAAAGGGGUAGUCAUGCAGUGUUCACAUCUCAUCUUGAAGCCAAUUCCAGUUGACCAGAUGAUCCUUGCACCAUCAGCCAUCUCCAGUUCCCCCACCAUAUUAACUAACCUUGGAUUAUCAAUGGGGGGUAGUCAAGGGAAGGGAAACCCAAACUCUGUGAUCUCUGCCCCCUCUACGGCUCCUGUUGUGGCUGCCAUGCCCUUGGACAAGGACACCUCCAAAGUUUGCAGAUUGAGUUUAAAGUGCUUAGAAUGUAGUGAGACAUUUCAGGAAGAGUCAUCUCUUGCAAUGCACUACCAGCAGGCUGCUGAGUCAGGUGGACAGAAAACCUGCACCAUUUGCCAAAUGCUACUGCCAAACCAAUGCAGUUUUGCCUCCCAUCAACGGAUCCAUCAGCACAAGUCUCCAUAUAUCUGCCCUGAGUGUGGAGCUAUCUGUCGAUCUGUCCAUUUUCUGUCCCAUGUGACUAAGAACUGCCUGCACUACACACGCCAAGUUGGCUACCGCUGUGUACACUGUUGUGUCAUCUUUGCUGACGUUACCGCCCUCAAGUCACACAUUCAGGGAUCCCACUGUGAAAUCUUCUACAAAUGCCCCAUCUGUCCUAUGGCUUUCAAAUCUGCCCCGGGUACACAUUCCCAUGCUUACACCCAGCACCCAGGAGUUAAAAUUGGAGAGCCCAAGUUGAUCUACAAGUGUUCCAUGUGUGACACUGUUUUUACCCAACAGACGUUGCUAUACACGCACUUCGACCAGCACAUAUCUAGUCAGAAAGUGUCAGUCUUCAAGUGUCCCGACUGUUCCAUGCACUAUGCCCAAAAGCAGUUAAUGUUGGAUCAUAUUAAAGUAAGAGAAGGCACUUUAAAGACCAUCAAGGGUUCUCCUAACCUGGGCAUCAAUCUUCCGCUCAGCUCCAAACCUACUAAUUCAAUAAGCCCCAGCCCCAACAUCAAGGAAGGUGACUCUGUCAUCAGCCUGGAGAAGGGAGAGAAGAAGCCAUCAUCCCUGACAAAGAAGAACACCAAUGGGACAGACAUUCCCAAAAAAGUACAAUCUUCCACUUCCUGUCCUGGCUGGACCUGCAGGGAGUGUGACCGGCUGUUUACACAGAGAGAAGUCUUCGUCUCGCACAUGAAAAGAGAGCAUGGGAAGCAACUGAAAAAGCACCCUUGUCGACAGUGUGAUAAGUCCUUUAGUUCCUCACACAGUUUAUGCAGACACAACAGAAUCAAACACAAGGGCCUGCAGAAGGUCUACUCAUGCCAACACUGUCCAGAACCCAGUCGCACGUUUGCCAGAAGAUUGCUGCUUGAGAAACACAUUCAGCUGAUACACGGCAUCAAAGACUCAAAGGCCAAGAUUCCAGCAGAUUCCAGCAAAACGGAGGACACUGCGGGCAAAGAGCAGGUACCCAGUCCUAAACGCAAGCUCAACUCUGAUGAUGAGGAUGCCGUGGGAGAAGAUGAAUUGAAGGAGGACGGAAAGGGCGAAUCUCCCGUUCAGCAGCCCAAGAGCUCUUCUGCACAACCUCUAAAAAAGCUCAAGAUAAAUGUUUUCAAGACACACAAAUGCGCAAUGUGCAGCUUUACCACCGAGGACAUUGUGCGAUUCCAUGAACACAUUCCACAGCACAAAACUGACGUCUCGUCUUAUCAAUGCCGCGAGUGUGGCCUGUGCUACACCUCGCAUCACUCUCUCGCCCGACACCUGUUCAUCGUUCACAAGUUGAAGGAGCCGCAAGGACUCGGGCGUCACAAUGGGCAGCAAGAGAACACUCCACACACUGAGGCUAAUGAUGGUAUCCCGGAUACGACAUGUAAAGUAUGUUCUAAAACUUUUGAAACGGAGGGAGCCUUAAACACACACAUGCGGACACACGGAAUGGCCUUCAUCAAGUCCAAACGACUGAGCACAGCUGAGAAGUGAGAGAGAGGUAGUGCCCCCUUGUGGGUGCAUUGCAAAUAUAUAUAUAUAUAUAUAUAUAUAUAUAUAUAUAUAUAUAUAUAUUUGUUUUCUUUAUUUUGUCUUGUUUUCCAGCAAAAACAUGUAAACAGCAUCAAUGGUAUAAUAAGACUUGUUUUCAGACUAUAUAUUUUGAAUUAAUUUUAUUUUUCAUUCCCCAUUUGCAAAUUGUUUAAACCUCACUCUAUUCACCUUAGCACGCAACCAUCUUACGAAUUUUGUCUUUGAUCUACCGGUCUAGCGUUAUAUACACAGAUAUCUAUGGUGUUGAUGUCACUGUGUAAUUACCAAUCGAAGUGAAUUUAUAGGUUAUAGAAUUGUCAAAAGCUAUCAUGAGUAUUAUAAAGUGUUCAGGGGAUGACAUAUCAACAGGAAGCAGAGGAGGAGAUUUUAAAACAAGAGUAUUUAAUUCAUAAAUAAAGAGCCUACCUUCACACUGUGGAUGUACUGAUCAAUUAGUCAUUACAAAUAUCUCUGUACGACACCUCUGACCAGGGAUUGACUGGUUAUCUGGCAUACCGGGCCUUUUCCUGGUGGGCCGAUGCACUUUGAGGCCGAUCAGGGGCAGACUGGCCACCGGCAGAACCAAGCAGGCCGGUGGGUCGACCGCGAAAUGGGCCGAUUGGGCCGCGAUAAGCUAAAAUGAGCCACCGCGUUAUGUAGAACGGACCACAAAAUGGGGCCACGCUAUGCAGAAAAGGACAGCGCAGUUUUGUAAUUUUGUCAACUACACAUUUUAAACCAAAUUAUUAACGAGUUGAAACCUAAAAAUUAAGUAGAAUUACACUUAUAACAGUUAAACGCUUGUGUCAUGAAAAUGUUUAGUGUGUCACAGAAUAUAAAUACUUUCUGUGCUCCCAUACGUAAUUCAUUUUGAUUGACUCUUCUCAUUAGCUUCAAUGCAAACAGGAAGUUAGAGACAAAAUGUGGAAGAGAGGGGUGCUGAAAAGGGGCGGGGCUGAAUAAGAUGAAUGUUGUUAGAAUUAUGCUUAAAACCAGAAAAAAACAGUUUGCCAAUGUGGUAAGAAAUAUGAACUUAAUUCAAGAUAUAUUCUUUGAAAAUAAACUCAGAAGUACGUUUGUCUUGUUUAAAGAAUGUUUAGAUAUUUUUACUUGGGAAGACAAAACACUUAAAAACUAUUUUUUUAUAGUGUAAAGUUUUUUGUUAUGUUUGUACGUUUUAAUAGAGACUGUAUAGAAGCAUUUCAUGUCAUAUCUUCCCUCUGGCCUCUUUGUAUGCUCAUCUGUUGUACAUACAUUUACAUAUAUAUAUAUAUACAUAUAUGUACAUAUAUAUGACGUGUAAAUCUAUACACACAAAAUGUGUGUUUAAAGAUAUGUAAUAUAUUAAACUCUGAUUUAUGUGUAUUUAAAAUAUGUAUGAGAACAUUUUAUAUUCUUUAUGAUAGAUGUUUGUAUGGGUGUUGUAUAGAUCUUUUAUAUAGAUAUAUAAAUGUUUUUAUUUUUAUUUUAGACUCGUGGGAGCAGAUGCUGUCUUAAUUGUAGGAUAUAAAUUGAGUACUUAGUUUAUUUGCGGUGUCCCGUUUCUCAAACUGCUGCUAAAAGUGCACAGAAUGUCAUAGAUUACAUGUUCUAUCGGUGAAACAUGUUUAACUUUAAGGACAAUCAGUCCAAAUUGUACAAGAUAACCGAAUAUAGAGUCUCUAAAAGCAGUUGAAAAUGUAAUUAGACUGGGGAAUUCGUCUGUGAAUGAAUGCUUUUACUUGAUUUGAAUUUCUGUUCUGUGAAUUAGUUGUCCAUUUAUAAUAAUAUAACCUAACACUACAUAAGAGCAAGAUACAAAACAAUAGCUCUUUGAAUGUAUAUAUCUCAGCCACUGCCAAAAUUUUGUGCUGAAUCAAGGUGUACUUUUAAACUUGAGGUUGUCUUAAAGGUAUAGUUCACUUAAAAAUGUUUCUGUCACCAUUACCUCACGUUGUUCCAAACCCGUUUAACUUUCUUUCUUCCAUGAAACACAAAAGGAUUAGGCAAAAUGACAUCCUCAGUCACCAUUUACUUUCAUUGUAUGGAAAAAUGACGCAUUGAAAGUGAAUGGUGACUGAGAGUAAAAGUCUACCUAACAUCUCCUUUUGUGUUCCACGGAAGAAACAAAGUCAUACGGGUUUGGAACAACAUGAAAAUGAGUACAUUAUUCACUUAUUAGUGACUAUCCCUUUAAUACCAAUUACUUUUUUGGUAUCCACAAUCACUAUUUAUUCUCAGCACCUUGUUCUAAAUCAUAACUUUUAGUUGAGUUAUGUUUGAUGGUGUUUUUGUCUUUUAUUACACUACAGUAUGCAAACUUUGGCCUUUAAUCAAAAACAUUUUUUUUAAAUUUUUUUUUAAAAGAAGUAAGGAUAUGUAUAAUUAAUGUGAUACAAAUUUACAACAAUAUCAAUUAAAUUAAUCCUUAAUAUGUUCUUCCCCUUUAAUUUAGCUUUUAUGGAGCUUUUUAUUUAAACCAAAGUUCCUCCUCUGUAUGUUUGCUCCUAUGUAGCACACCCCACUCUUAAUUGCGUCUUUCCUUGUGCUUGUAUCCUAAAGUCGCUAAAAAGCCAAAUGUGAUUAGCCAUUUUUGUAUUGGCCAAUAACGUCAUGUAACAUUCCACUGAGUCGUCAAUGAAAUAUUUCACCCAAAAACGUACAAUUCUGUAAUGAUUUUAAUUUAAAUAUUUAGGGUGAACUAUGCCUUUAAAUCACUUGAAGCUCUAAUAAAAGAAACAUACAAAUCCUGCCUUAUAAAUGAACGUUUUGGUAAAAAAUGUGAAACAAUGUGUUCUUUUGGUUUAUUUUAUCCAGUGUUCCACUUAAAGGUAUAGUUUACCUAUAAAUGAAAGUUAUGUCAUCAUUUACUCACCCUCAUGUUGUUCCGAACUGUUAUGAGUUUCUUCUUUGGUACAAAUAAAAGAGAUAUUUUGUGUACAAUGGAAAAGAGCAGAGUCAUCCUUUUGUUUUCCACCAAAGAAAGAAAGUCAUAAGCUCUUGAAUGACAUAAGGGUGAGUAAAUGAUUACAAAACUUUCAUUUUUGGGUAAACUAUCCCUUUAAGUCAGCUGUUUGCUGUAGCAUUUUGAUUCAGCAUUUUUCAUUUUAAAGAGUUGAGCUCAACAACAGUUGUGAAAGUACUUUGGUUCUAUUGUUCAUUGUUCGUGAUGUUUUCAUUUGUCCUGUAUUCUAUCUGAGAAUGCUAUUAUUUUGUUUUCUUUUUGGGAUACAUGAGUACUAUUGAGGACACAUAUGUGCAUGAGAGAUGCCAUUCACGGUGGUUGUUCUGUUUUAUAGAAUGUCUUGCUGCUGUUCGGUCGACUUGUUCUAUGUUUGUGCAAAAAAGUUAUUAUUAAUAAAUUAUACAUAAACAAAAUAUUUACUAUGUCUAAAGGGGAUAGACUUUAUCUUGUUCUUA